AUGGAGGUGCAUUACAGCGCUGACACGCCUCUACAAGUGAAAGAGUCCAAGUAUCCUCUCCAGCUGCUUACAGAGAACACGCCAAACGGCAAAAAGGUGCAGAUUCUCCUAGAGGAGCUCCAUGAUAUAUAUGGGCUUUCAUGGACCACUCACCUCAUCGACCUCGAAACAGACGAGCAGAAAAAAGGCUGGUUCCUCCAGCUGAACCCAAAUGGUAUUUCCAAAAUACCCCUCGCAACGCCGCAAGCUCUAACAGUCUGGCAUCACCUAGGCCGGAUUCCCGUCCUUCUAGAUGUCGUUGAAGCGGCGACCGUUGUAUCCAUCAUAGAGAGCUCAGCCAUACUCGUCUACUUACAAGAAAAGUACGAUAAACGCAACGUCUUUGGCUUCACUUCCGCCCACGAAAAGAGCCAGGCGAUACAAUGGCUGUUCUUCUGGCAUUCAUCGGCUCCAGUGCAAGGACACGCUCGACAUUUUAUGAAAGGAACCGCAGAACCCAUACCAUAUGCAGCGCAAUAUUUCGAAAGGGCCAUGCUUCGUAUAUACUCCGUGCUAGAAUCUCACCUCAGCGGGCAGUUCAACGGACAAUCCGCAGCGCCUCGCGAAUACCUCGCCGGCGAUGGGGUAGGAAAGUAUAGCAUUGCUGAUAUGGGCACUUGGCCUCACGUUCGAGGGUAUCGAUCCUUGGGAUUCUCCGAAGAAACUGACAUGCGGCCCAAAUUUCCGCAUCUUCUACAGUGGAUUGAUCGCAUAGCAGCAAGGCCUGGGGUGCAGAGAGGUAUCGACGCCGGCAAGUAUGACAGCGAAGAGAACCCGGGGCUUUUAGUACGGGCUGAGUAG